AUGGGCGCCAAACUGCCGGGCCCCCAUCGAGUCAUCACCAUGAAGAGUCCAAUCGUCCGGUCGAUACUGGGCGCCUUGUGCGUUUUCUUUAUUCUCAUGGCCACCCUGCGCAACGACAGCCUCCACGUCAGCUCCAAGAUCCUCGAGCAAGCCGGCGCAAGGACAGGAGCAGAUUCACACGCCAAGAACCAGCAGCCUCUCGAAAACAAGACCACCGAGCAGUCCAGUGCUCCCAAGGUCAACAUCAAGUUGGACUGCAACGCUGACCUAGACCACCUCAAGCAAAUCAAAGACCGCUACCAGCUUGAAGACAGAUUCCACUUUCGGACCAUUGAGCUGGGGAAACGGCUAGGCGGAGGCGAUGUCUGUGCCGCCCCCUUGGAAGUCGAGGUCCCUGCCUCUGGCUACCCUCGCAGCGUCGACGCCUCCGGCUUCAUGUUUGGUGUGUCGACCACCUACAAACGCUUCUUGGACCCAAACACGACGCCCAUCAACGAGUGGAUCUUUUGGCUCACCGACAACCACGGCAACUCCAACGGCGGCAAGCUGCUUCUCAUGCUUCUCGACGCCACCGACGACCAGCUUCAAGAAGUGGCCAACAUGCUGGGCGAUGUCGGCAUUGACGUCGACGUCUAUCACUCCAAUUCGUCCGUCGAGAUGGCUGUCCGCUAUCUGACUCUCGUUCCGACGCUCUACACCCACCCUGACGCGGCAAGCAAGAAGUGGCUGGUGACUUGCGACGAUGACACCUUCUUUCCCAACAUGCACGGCCUCAUUGAGAAGAUGGCGACGUUUGAUCAUACCAGAGACAUGUACAUCGGCACCUUGUCCGAGGACGUGGGCGCCAUUGAGCGUCACGGCUCACAAGCCUUUGGAGGAGCCGGCGUUUUCCUGUCUCGGUCCAUGGCUGAGAAAAUCACCAGCCUAUACGGCAGCUGCACCACGCAAGCAAAAAUCCUCGAGUCCAACUCUGGCUGGGGUCCUCAGGGAGACAUUAUCCUGCGCAAGUGCAUCUACGAGAAUACAGAGGUCCGUUUGACCACUCUCUGGGAUCUCUGGCAACUCGAUUUCUUUGGCCACCCCAGCGGCUUCUACGAAUGGGGAAUCAAGCCGCUUUCGCUGCACCACUACCGCGGUGGAGGCUGGCACUCUGCCAAGCCUGGCCAGUACACCAAGAUUGCCCACGCUUGCGGCGAGGAUUGCUCCCUGAUGCGCUUCCAAACGACCGACGACUUUAUCAUCUCGGGCUACUCCAUUUCCCACUAUCCAAAGGGCAUCACCUUUGACACCAACCAAAUGGAGGCUACUCUGUACGCGGCGCCGGAAAACAAGGGCUGGAACCUUGAUUUCAUGUUUGGACCGCGCCGACAGUCACUGCUAAAGACGGGCCGCAAGAUCUCCUGGGAGCUUCAAGAGUCCGAAGUCCAAUCGGAUGGUUCCGUCCUGCAAACAUACACGCGCAAGAGGGAUGACGAGAGAUGGGUCCACGCCGACAAACAGCCGAUGAGCAAUAUCGAUGGCGUCAUUGAGCUUGUUUGGAUCCCAUCAUAA